AUGACUUUAUAUUGCAGUACGUGCUUCCGAUGGUUUCGGCAUCGUUCGAGGGAUCCAAAAACGCAUCAGUGCCGGGUAUUUCAAUUUAGCAACACUGGACAGUAUUUCUGCUACUGCGAUACUGUAAGGACAGUGUUGGUGGAUUGCUCAACAGGCAAGGAAAUAUUCAAUGUUGCAUUGCCGCGCACCCAGCAAAUUGUCUUCUCACCACGGGAUCGUUUAUUGGCAACCUGUGAACCAUAUGUUGUUUAUGUUGCCCCAAAACCGGUUCGUUUUUUUCUUUUUUUUUCGUUUUUAUUUAAAACUUUGACUAUUAUAUUUUUAUUAUGCCUUUUUAUUUUUUUUUUAUUUUUUUACAAAGGAUAA